AUGGAGCCGCUAGGCAACUGCAUCAGUCUGGUGUAUAUGAUCAGCAGCGGAACAAGAGAAAGCCGCAAGCUGUUUUGGAGAAAUGUGCGGAUGGAAUGUGAGCGAUUAUGCAGCGAGUGUGGGGGGUUUACAAAUUGGGGCUUACUUGCUUCCAUGCAAGCUAUGUCUAUUUACAUCCUGUUUAGGUUGGAUGAAGGCGAGACAGAGCACAAUGAUUUCGAUUCGCUGCUGCUUGCAACAGUCACAAUUAUAGCCCAGCAACUCAUCCAAAAGGAUAUCGCAAGCAACUUCAGCCUCGAACGAAGCUGGAAGGAUUGGCUUUAUGAGGAAUCAAGACGAAGACUCGCAGUCAUAUAUGGAAUCGUAAAUAUGCUGGUCUAUUUCGACCCUGCAACGAAGUGCAACCUGCCCUCAGACCUAAUCUUGGCACCACUUCCGGCUAAGAAAGAGCUUUGGGAGGCAGGUGAUGAGCAGGUUUGGAACUCGGAGAGCGAGAAAAAUACCGGGGCAAGAUUUGACUUUGGAUUGGCAAAGAACGGAGGGCUUGUUCGAUUAGGCGAUGGUGCUCAGGAUGCUAUGCUGGUCCAUACGGCCAUCACUUCCGAAAGUCCGUCAAGAACAAGUGUAAGUUGGGAAGAAUGGUGUACUGGGAUGGAUGGAUUUGGGGGCCUUGUUAUGCUUGCUGCUUCUUUGGUAGUAGAGUAA